UCGGAAGAAUUUGCAUUGAAUGAGUCUGAAAAUAGUUCUCAUCCGGGGCACAGGGCAUCUGUCAAAAUGGCUUCUACAGGCGUAAACACAAGCACGAGACGACGUGUGUAUGUUGUCGGUGUUGGAAUGACAAAGUUUGAAAAGCCAGGCAGAAGAGAUGAUUUUGAUUAUCCACAGAUGGCAAAAGAAGCAGCAACAAAAGCAAUGCAAGAUGCAGGAGUGAGCUUUGAACAGAUAGAACAAGCAUGUAUUGGUUAUGUUUAUGGUGAUUCUACUUGUGGACAGAGAGCUGUGUAUGAACUAGGACUAACAGGAAUUCCAGUAUUCAAUGUUAACAACAACUGUGCUACAGGCUCUACUGCUCUCAUUAUGGGAAAACAGUUUAUUGAAGGAGGUUUGGCAAAUUGUGUUUUGGCAUUGGGGUUUGAAAAGAUGAGCAGAGGUUCUUUGAAAACUACUUUCCAGGAUCGUACAAAUCCAAUGGACAAGCAUGUAAUGGUUAUUGCAAACACAUUUGGUAUAGAAAAGGCUCCCAUGGCUGCUCAGAUGUUUGGUAAUGCUGGCAGGGAACAUAUGGAAAAAUAUGGUACUAAGCCAAUUCAUUUUGCCAAAAUUGCUCAUAAAAACCACAAGCAUUCAACAAAUAACCCUUAUUCACAGUUUCAAGAUGAAUACACCCUAGAACAAAUUAUGAAUUCUCCCAAGAUUCACGAUCCACUUACUAAGCUCCAGUGUUGUCCAACAAGUGAUGGUUCUGGUGCUGCUAUUCUUGCAAGUGAAGAAUUUGUCAGAAAACAUGGACUAGAAAACCAAGCGAUAGAAAUAGUAGCAAUGGAAAUGGCUACUGAUUUACCAAGUUCUUUCAAGGAUGAUAGUUGUAUAAAGGCUGUUGGAUAUGACAUGACAGCUAAAGCUGCAGACAGAGCAUUCAAAAAUGCAGGUUUGAGCAGAGAUGAUGUGAAUGUGGUAGAAUUACAUGAUUGUUUCUCCUGUAAUGAACUCAUCACUUAUGAAGCUCUCGGGUUGUGUCCUCCAGGUAAAGCAUCAGAAUUAGUAGACUCUGGUAACAAUACAUAUGGAGGGAAAUAUGUUAUCAAUCCUAGUGGUGGACUCAUAUCUAAAGGUCAUCCUCUUGGUGCUACAGGCCUUGCUCAGUGUGCUGAACUGUGUUGGCAGCUUAGAGGCAUGGCUGACAAGAGACAAGUAUCCAAUGCAAAGGUUGCUCUCCAACACAAUAUAGGAUUGGGAGGUGCAGCAGUUGUAGCAUUAUAUAAAAAAGGAUUUCCUAAUCAGAGUCGAAUUCAAGCAUUUGCCACCAGUGCUUCUACAGAAGACAAAUUCCAGUCAGCAGCAAUUUUCAAAGAGAUCAAAAGCAAUCUUGAUAAGGAUGGAGCUGCAUGGGUGAAAAAGAUGAAGGGAGUUUUUUGUUUUAAAGUAAAGGCCAAUGAUGGAACAGAAGGUGUGUGGGUUGUUGAUGCAAAGAAUGGUAGUGGAUCAGUUAAAUUUGGUGUGGAACCCAAAGGUGAUGUAACAAUUAACAUGAAAGAUGAUGAUAUGUUAAACUUAAUGUUGGGAAAACUGAAUCCUCAGCAGGCUUUUUUCCAAGGCAAACUAAAAAUUCAAGGAAAUAUGGGACUUGCAAUGAAGCUGAGAGAAUUCCAGUCAGCAGCAGGAAAAUCUAAACUUUAAUGAGACUUAUAUAGAAGACUUGAUAAAAAGAUGUAACAUUAGACUUAAAAAUUAAACUUGAAAAAUUAAUUUUGAAGGUUUAACAAAAAUUUAUUUAUGUGAUUUGUCACAAAAUUUAACAAUGAAAUUACAAAUACUGUAAAUUCAGAAAUUAAUGCAAGGUUUUUAUUAUUGUGAAAAAUGCAAUAGAGUUGCAAAGUCGAUAAUUUAAACGAUCUUAUAUGAAUUAACUAGGAUUUUCCCCAAAAUCGUAAAAAUUUAAAUCACAAUAAUAAAUGCACACAUUAAUUUCUGAAUUGACAGUAUACAAAUGACGGUUCUUAAUAUUUAUCUGAAUAUGACUAUUAUAUAAACAAUAUAUAUAUGAAAUUUAGAUUGUUGGAAUUCUGGUAACAAUAUUUGAUGUGUAUUAUCUUUGAUAAUCUUUGAUAUUACACAUUAUAAUGUUUUUAUAAACAAAAAGUUUGAUAUAUCUAUUGACUAGUCACAAUAAUUAAAAGUUUAUGUUGUACUCUGUAUAUGUUUGAUAGGAUGUAUUUAUCACCAUGAGGAACAUUAAUUUAUCAUAAGUAUGUGAAAACAAAAUGAACAAUGUAUGAAAUAUGUGAAGUGAUACUGAUGUUUUAUAUGAUUAUUUAUUUAUACAGACUAUUGAUUUUUACAAGUUAUUGGUCAUCAUUUUUUGUGAUUUUGAAAGGUUUUUAAUUUGUGUUUUGUAAGAUUGCUAGAAUGACAUGAUUGUUUUGGAUGAUAAAUAUUAUAUGUAUUUAUAUAAAAUUGUGAUAAAAUAAUGAAUAAGUA